GUUGGAAGCUAGAGAAGCCGGCUGACAUAAGUCCCCCAUUUGGCAUCGUGACCGCCUAUUUCGAGUUCCACCUUAUCAAGGUCUCGCAGCGCUCGCACUAAGUUAUUGAGACUCCUCCCUGGCUUUCUUCGAGUCCCUGCUGGAGAUUUCGACGAUUCGCCAUGCACGGCACCGCCAUCGCGUUCUCUCUAUCUCUUCUUGUCUCUCUGGCGGCGGCAGCGGCGGUCGAAGAGCCUGUGGGCAUACUGGCCAAACAAUGCAAGUUCGCGUUGGGCGACAGGCACUUUGACAUGUGCCCGGUGUUUGAAGGCAAUGAGGGAGGCUGGACGGUUAGCCGGGAGCGACAGACACCGCCCACCAUCACGAAGGACGAGUACAGGAUCUCGUUCCAGGGGCCGCUCAAGAGGAGCAAGAAGAUCGCCAGCGAUGAACAGUGUCCGGAUGGGACCUGGAUAUGCAAGAUGGUCACUAACACGCGACCUAAGCAUGACGAUGAGGAGCCGCGUGUGUUGCAAGUUGUACCUGUUGCGGGCGAGCUGUCCUCUGACGAUGAAGCCGGAUCGGGUACAAACGAGUACGUGCCGGGGCUCAACAUCACGGCGAAGUUCGUCCCUGCAGAGACGGAGGCGAAGCACGACGUCUUGCACAUCAAUCUUCACGGUGGGUACUACAUGCGUCGGCAGCAGAAGGCCGAUUUCCAGUUCAUCUGCGACCACAACGCCGAGGAGCCUUCGUCGCCUACUACUGGAUGGGACUGGAGGGGCACACACACAUUCAUAUGGCGCACGAAACACGCAUGCGACCAAGCGACGUCAGCACCGCCUCCGAAGGAGGAACCGACGCACCCUACAUCGCCGCCAGAGGACGACGACGCACCGCCAAAGGACGCGGAAGACGACGACAUCCCCGGCGAGAAGAAGCUGCUCGACCCAGACUUGCUCGAAGGGCGCUCUCACCGCUCCGUCGUGACAAUGUUCGCUUCUGCCUCCCUGAUCUGCGCGAUCGUGUAUCUCGCAUACUUCCCGCCGCGGCGGCUUCGGCGCUUCCUCACGUCGUACGUCAAGGCGCACCCGCGGCUGAUGCGCUCGCGCGUCGGCGAGCGCGUGCUCGUCCGGUGGGCGCAUGAGGACUUUGCGAUUGGCCCGGGAGAGGAGGACGUGAUGAUCAAUGGCGGGCAGGCGGUGGCGAUGGACGAGGAGAUACCGCUUAAGCCCGCACCGCGGAGGCCUGUGCUCUUCAACUAUGGUAGUGCCACUUAAGCUUGUUGUGCGGUCUUUUCGGUUUGUGGGGAUGUUCGUUCUGUGUCUUGACACUAUCGUGCUCGUUUAUGAAUUGCUUCACGUUCGCUCGUACUGACGCGCGCUGUUGAGCUCUGACCUUUUCGGCCUGUGAUAUGACUGUAGACUAGCUGCUGUAGAUAUAAGUUGUACAAUGGACGAUGAGCCGAAUCAUCUGUUGCUUUCAACUGUCGGAGUAACUACUGAAGAAUGAGUUAACGGGGGAUGUAGAUAUGUAUUGUAUAUGACCUUCGCGGCUUGUAUAGAACUGUAUUUCCGGUGUACUUCCACUAGAUUUUCGGGUGG